GGACCAUCCACUACGACUGCGAGUCACGCCAGCCCUCCCCUGUAUCCGCCAUCUGCUGUCUCUCGUAUUGUUUGCUUUGACUUCCCCGAGCGGGCCGGUGCUCCCAGAAUCGCCUGUUCUGCGCCGUGUGCGACCGCGUUUCUGAUCUGCAAAAAGUCAGCAAGCGCAAGAGCAAGAUGCCAAAGCCAACAUUGGCGUACUUUUGAAUUCUCCUGCAUGAAGUCCGAGCUCUGCAACACAAAUUCCGCCAGUCCGUAGCCAGACACGGACGGUCGAGAGACCCUGAUGCUCCCUCUGGCCAUUCGGGCGAUCAAAGCCUUCUACCUCCUCAGCAGUCUGGCAAUCCUCGCCGUUCGCCUAAUUCCUGCCCUCGGAGGCCGAUUCCUCGCGUACGGAGCGCGUGCGGGAGACCACGCCCGCAGUAAAGAGAGAAACAAAUCCACAAAGCAGGACGAGCCUUCGAUAGGCGGCCACUUUCUGGACUGCGUUGCCACUCUCACGGUUCCUCAUGCAUGGUUCACUCACUUCUACGUACUGUCCGUUACAUGCUCAUUGGCUUGUCUAUUCACUUUCCAUCACUAUGCAGGGACGAUCGAGGGCCAGGCCAUGGACAUCCCUCUUUUUUGUUCGAUGUUGAUGCUGCUUCAAGGUUGUCGGCGGCUGGUUGAAUGUCUCGUGCUUGCUCAACAGAGUAACUCGCGAAUGUGGAUUGGCCACUAUGCCAUUGGCAUGGCAUUUUACAUGGUCACAAACAUGGCCAUCUGGGUUGAGCAUCUCGACGUCAACCACAGUCAAGCUCAGACGACCAGCCCAGACAGGAAUCAAGGGAGUAUUCUAUGGACGGCCAAGACUCUGGCCUGGACGUUCCUCUUCUUCUGGGCCAGUGACCGGCAGAAUCUCUAUCACCGGUACCUGUCGAACCUGAAGAAAUACACCUUACCCGAAAAAUAUGCGUUCCGAUGGGUGGUCGCACCACACUAUACGGCCGAAUGUCUCAUUUACCUGAGCCUCUCCUUCCUAGACGCGCCUCCCCGACAAGAUCACCAUCAGCGUCGUGAUGACAAUCAGAAACCAGCAAUACUGUCGGUAAACUGGACACUCUUCUGCGCGCUGGUCUUCGUUACGGUGAACCUCGGUGUGACGGCUGACGGGACGAAGAAAUGGCUUCGGGCAAAAUUCCCUGACAGGGCGUGGGAGAUCAUCAAGAGAUGGAGAAUGAUCCCAUUUGUGUACUAAUGUCAUAGGCUGAGCGAGAUGCAGUUUCACCUGUGCGGACGACAGCGGAAAUGGAGCUUCUGGGGGAUUCUCAGGGACAAGAAGCGGUUGGAAGAUAGGUGGCUAGAUGAGUCGACUCGUCCAGUCUGUAGUGAAUGAUGGGCCUGAGACCAAGGAAUCAGUUCUACAUCGUCUGACAUCAGGCAGACGUUGCAAAAAUAUGCAGUACUCUCUAUCCGAGGUUCCAAGCAAACUCCACGACUUCGUCGCCCUUCGAUUAUUCCUCUAUUGUGAUGUAUGCAGGCCUCCCGGCGAGACUCUAACCAAAAUCCAACAUUCCUGGAACUCAAGAUGCCGGUGCCGGUGCGAGUGCCACUGAGUGUAUAUUUGAGCACUCGCCCUUUUCCUCAAAUUCCUUCCAUCGCUUCGAUUCUAGCGCUGAGAAUGGCGAGGCUCUGCCAUGCACUUGGCGAUCAAAUCGAAUUCAAUAUAACGCGAGACAGAAAGGGCGAGGGGGGCCAAUGGAUCAGGUCUAGCAGGCAUGCUGGUUGAGUAAUAAAGAGCUAAUCAUGUAGGGCUUUG